CCUCACCGGUGAAGCGCAGAGAGAGAGAGAGAGAGGCAAACGAGGAAGGGGAAGAGGAGCAAAACGUGGGAAGAGACGCAUCAUUGGCGAUUUCUUCUCCUCCUCCUCCUCCUCUUCUUUCUACUAGGGUUUUUAUUUGGAGUUAGCGAGCAGGAAAGAUGACGGUGAGCCAGAACACCAUCCGCAACGUCAUCGGAGUGAUAGGCAAUAUCAUCUCUUUUGGUUUGUUCCUGUCACCUAUGCCAACAUUUGUUAAAAUUUUUAAGAAGAAAGCAGUGGAAGAUUUUUCCCCGAUCCCCUACCUUGCAACAACUCUCAACUGCAUGUUUUGGAUUUUCUAUGGCCUCCCUUUUGUCCAUCCUAACAGCAUUCUCGUUUCCACUAUUAAUGGCAUCGGUUUAGCCUUUGAGGUCUUCUACCUCUCUAUUUUCUUUGCCUAUGCUAGUCGUCAAGGUCGUUUGAAGGUUGCCAUGGUAUUGAUAGUUGAAAUUGUGUUCACUGCUGUGGUUGCAACUUUGGUGCUUCACUUUGCCCACACUCAUGAGAAGAGGUCCUUUAUUGUGGGUAUCCUUUGCAUCAUCUUUGGAAUUUGCAUGUAUGUCUCUCCUCUUUCAGUCAUGAAACUUGUGAUCCAAACCAAAAGUGUAGAGUACAUGCCCUUCACACUCUCCCUUGUAAGCUUCCUUAACGGAAUUUGUUGGACCACCUAUUCUUUCCUGCCAUUUGACAUCAACCUUUUCAUUCCUAAUGGUAUGGGUGCUCUUUUCGCCUUUGCUCAAUUGGUUCUCUACGGUUGCUACUACAAAUCCACACCAAAGAAGGGUAGCAAAGCUGAGGUCGAGAUGCCCACUGUAUCUCCUUGAUGUCAUGAUUUUCCUUUUUUGAAAGAAAAGACAAAUAAAAUUUUCACUAUAAACUUUCGUUUUGUC